GCUAAAGUAGGUUGAGAGGAGAUCAAACGCCUUCAAAGUUGAAACCAGGUUCUUCUCCUUGUUCUUCUGUUUUCUUCCUCGUCACUUUCCUUUUAGUCCUAUUGACUUUUAUGAUUCAAUUCCUCCAUGCAAAAAACAUGAUGGAAAAUUUCUCGAUUUACCUAGUUGCAGGUAAAAAAAAAAAAAAAUAAAAAAAAUGAAACCCUGGUUCUCUGGUCAUGCGAAUGAUUUGUUAUUUUUUGGCUUCAAGUUAUCAUCCAGAGCACUCCAUCAUUAAAUUCCCUUCUGAAUAGAAACGCUAAACCAAAGCUGUUGAGGCUCACUUUGUCUCGGGAGACCAUGUCAAUAACCGAUCCCUGUUUCAGGAUCAUUAAAGAGGAAGAAAGUGGGUUGGCGUCCUUUUAUCCAUGGGAUUCGACAACUAGUAUUUCUUCUCGGGAAUCCGUAUGUACAACCUUUGUUGAGUCGCAAGGAAAAUGUCAGCAUGUCUCUGUUCACUCUGUUACUCUAUCUUCUCCAUCCCCUGUACUUUCUUGCGUUCAAAAAGAAGCAAGAAAUUCACAUAUUUCACAUAUAUCAGUUGCUGAUUCCGAUACACAGUCGUGCAAUGAGCCUACGGCAUUGAAGGUUCUGCAGGAUGUACAUAUCUCUGCUCGGUUGAUGGAAGAUUUUCUUGAACUUGCUAGAGAAAAUACCGAGAAGGAUCUAGAGACAUGCGGAACCCUUGGUGCUAAACUUGAAGAAGGGACAUUCUAUGUUACCACCCUGAUAGUUCCCAAACAGGAAUCAUCGUCCAAUUCUUGUCAAGCUAUGAAUGAUGAAGAGGUUUUUGCUAUUCAAAACGAGCGUUCCCUUAGUCCUGUGGGAUGGAUCCAUACACAUCCUUCCCAAAGUUGUUUCCUGUCAUCGAUUGAUCUGCACACUCAAUACUCAUAUCAGGUAAUGGUACCAGAGGCCUUUGCAAUUGUCAUGGCUCCAACUGAUACCUCAAGGUGCUUGACUCUUAAAUUGACCUAUGGGAUAUUUCGGCUUACUGACCCUGGUGGAAUGUGUGUCCUGAAGGAAUGCCAAGAGAGAGGUUUUUAUCCUCACAAAGAACCGGAAGAUGGUACCCCUAUGUAUGAGCAGUGCAGUAAUGUUUACAAAAAUUCAAAUCUGAGGUUUGAAAUCUUUGAUUUACGCUGAUUCAUCCUUUGAUUCCACAAAUGCAAGUGUCUAUCUUAUAAGCUGUAUUAAGUGGAUUGGCAAGUAUACCCGGACAUGUAUCUGACCUCGUUUAUGUGUCGGAAUAAAAUGCGUAUGACCUGUUGAUGUAUAUUAAAGCAGCGAAAGGUAUAUGUGAAUAAUUUUCUGGAUUUUGAGCUGGAUGGUCCCUAGUGUGAAAAGUUUGGACGGUUGUAGAUGCCGUUAUGUGCCUUGAACUUCCAUUGAUACUUUGAUGAAGAAUUUUGGUUUGUUCCGACCA